CUCCAGAACCUGUCAGAACCUGCUGGAUUUCACCCCUGGUUCUGUCCCUCCUUUCGCAUCCUUUCUUUGAUGAUUCUAUUCCACCAUUUCUUUGAUAUUAGUGUAACUCUUAUCCCACAGCAAAUAGUCCCACGGCGAGUUGUCCCGCGUCAAGUUGCCUGCGGCGAGUUGGCCGUGGCUAAUUGUCAUAGAUCCCCUGGAGAUCGCGGCUCAAGGCAGCCCGGAGGAAAGCAGAAGCACGCGCGCUUUCCUCGCCCCGCUGGUGUUUUCGAAGCCCGAGCGCGCAAGAUUCCAAGGCGGAGCAAUCCCUCAGCGGGGAGAUGAAAACGGAAGCCGAAAUCCACGCGCGGACUCGGGAGACAAAAGCUGCCGCUCGGGAAAGGAGCCGGCGGGGUGGGUGCGCGCGCAGAGCUUUUGCUCUAAUCUCCUUUUUGGCUGGCGGCUAGUCAGCUCUGCGGCUCGAACGGUGGAACGGACUUUCAGUGGCAUUCUUCCCGCGCUGAGCCCACCUAGCCGGGCAGCCUCCUCCUCCUCCUCCUCCUCCUCCUCCUCCUCAACACGGGCGCCUGAAGCCACAAAUGCCAGCCUGUCUUUCUCCCCGCCGCGAGUCGUUCCGCUCCACUCCCGCACGGCCUCUCUUGGAGGCGGGGGCAAAGCUGAGGCCGCCCUUCUCUCUCAGCCGUCCAGGGGCCGGGUUGUCGCCCGGGAAACCAGCAACAUCUCCGGCUUCCCAGGGCGGCUUGCGGCGAAAGCGGUAAGGACCGCGGCUGUCGUCCUUCGGGUGCCAACGUCCGGAAUAGCUGGCAGAAACGCAGCACGGAGUCAAAGUAAAUAUGUCAGAGAUCAUGAAGGAUAAAGUCACCCGCUUGGCCAAGAACAGAGGCAGCAUAUCUUCUUUGGGGAGCCAUGAGAUCAGAGCAAAGGAUUUCUUUGGAAGAAACAAAGACUCUGUAAGUACUGUGUCAUAUAUGGAUGAACCUGGCCACCAUGAGGAUAGCCUGCGCCCAGCUAUUCAGAUGGAGAACACAUACCAAUUAAGUCCUACAAAGUAUUUCCCAAUCACUGCUGUGAAUAACAUCUUGAAGGAUGUGGUAGUAAGUUAUCUACAGGAAGAACAAUAUGAAGCAGAGUUGUGCAGGCAAAUGACUAAAACUAUAUCUGAGGUAAUAAAAGCCAGGAUAAAAGACCUGAUGGUACCAAGAUACAAAAUUAUUGUGAUUAUAUAUAUUGGACAGCUAGGUAAACAGAGCAUGCAGAUUGGAAGCAGAUGCCUUUGGGACACUACAAGUGAUACUUUUUCUUCAUACUCCUUUAAAAAUAGAUCAUUGUUUGCUCUUGCAAAUGUCUAUGCCCUUUACUCUGAAUGAUGAUGCAAAAGAUGUGAGCUGAAAAACAAACUAGAUCUUAUUUUUGAAUUAUACUUCUAUCCACAUUGACAUGGUGAUAAGUUGUAUUAAUAAACUAAUGUGCAUAGUU